AACCGCUUCAGACGUCACUUAUGAGAGGAGGCAGAGGACCCUCGCUACUAGUGAGGAAGAGGCAAGAGGCAGAGGUGACCACGGGGGAAAGAGGAAGUGGAGUCUGGGUGUUUAUAUGCAAGUGGGGCGAAGAGAGAGACCCUCCUCUCUGUGGGUCAGCCGAUGAGAGAAGAUGAAAAGCCAAAUUACCAACGCCCUCUCCGACUUCUUCUUUGAGUAUGAGACCCCGCGGCAGGUGCUGGUGAGGAACAGGAGGGUGGGAGUGGUGUGCCGGCUGAUCCAGCUGGGGGUCCUGGCUUACAUCAUCGGGUGGGUCUUCAUCUACGAGAAAGGCUACCAGUCCACAGACACAGCAGUCAGCUCCGUCUUCACCAAAAUGAAAGGUGUGGGCUACACCAAUGUGAAUGCAAAUGAGAGAGUCUGGGAUGUCGCCGACUACGUCUUCCCUCCACAGGGAGACUCCUCUUUUGUGGUGAUGACAAACUACAUCAUAACUGAGGGUCAGAGUAUGGGAAAAUGUCCAGAGCUCAAAGGCAAGCACAACUGCAGCUCAGACGCUGACUGUGAAGGAGGGAGUUUCAAACGUACGGGACAUGGGCAAAUGACGGGAGUCUGUGUGAAUACCACAAAGACCUGUGAGGUGUUGGCUUGGUGCCCUGUUGAGGAUGAUCACAAAAUACCGGAUCCUCCUCUGUUGAUGUCUGCAGAGAACUACACUCUGUUCAUCAAAAAUUCUGUAACUUUCCCCUUAUUUGGCGUCACAAGGAGUAACCUGGUGGAGGGUAUUGAUGCCGCAUACAUCAGCAAAUGUCUUCAUGACCCAGAGAAUGCGCCACUGUGUCCAAUAUUCAAACUGGGAGACAUAGUUAAACUUUCUGGCUUUAAUUUUGAAACUAUAGCCCGAGUGGGAGGGGCCAUUGGCAUUGUGGUCGACUGGACAUGUAACCUUGAUGUGGAUAUAAAACACUGUAAACCGAAGUACAACUUCCAUGGUCUGUAUGGAAACCCUGCUGAGACAGACAAAGUCAGAGCAUCAGUGGGCUACAACUUCAGGUAUGCAAAGCAUUAUUUGGAGGACACAAUUCAGAAAAGAACCCUUCUCAAAGUGUUUGGGAUCAGAAUCGAUAUCAUUGUGCAAUCACUGGCAAGAAAGUUUGAUAUCAUCCCAACACUGACAGCUAUAGGCUCUGGAGUGGGCAUUUUUGGAGUGGCAACUGUAGUAUGUGACUUGGUGCUUCUCUAUUUGCUGCCAAAAAGACAAUUUUACAAGAACAUGAAAUUUAAAUAUACAGAUCCACACACACAGCAUGACAGCGAGUCGCUUGGUUUAGACACAAGCGUCUAUUACACCCUCGAAGCAAAUGCAAGACAAGUCCAAGGCACUGACCAGUCCAAUGAUCCUGAUUCAGAGGCAGGUAGCAUAGAGACUGGGGUAUCUAAAAAGUGACCUGGGGACAAACUUUCAAGCCAAUGGCCAGGCUACUUUGAAGGUGUACUAAACUGGAACCCUGCACUGGACCCUGCAAGACAACACACACACACAUUCACAAACCAUAAAUGAACUGAAAACGGACUGAGACUGAGAGGGACAAAGUCAAAAGACAUUGCUCCGUGUGCCCUCUAUUUUUUUUGGUCUCCAGCAGCAUCGCCUACCAACGGCAUCCCCCCACUCCUAAAGCCAUCCUGAGUGACUGUCUUGCUUUUGAUGGUGUACCUCAGCUGUAUGUGUCCUUUUCUGGGUGUAGCUCGGUUUGCUUUCGUUCACACCCUGGGUUUAACCUCUGGGUGUAACUGUUUCCAUAUCUGUACAGGUGAAAGAACAAUUUCUGGCACUACAGGGCCCCUGUGUGUACACAAAUCAUCCGUAAGUCAUCCAUUACCUCCGUCAUGGUCUUUGUCACGGCAAGAUAUACACACGCAAAGUGUGGAUGUGCCACUUUCAGAGUGAUUCAUCCAUUGUGUGCACCUUGUGAUCGACAGCUCAAUUCAAUAAAAG